AUGACAGUGGUGUGGGGACUCGGCUUGAUCGGAAUGACAGUGGUGUGGGGACUCGGCUUGAAAUCGAUGAGGGUAACAGGAGGGUCAAAGAAAAAGCUCACUUGUGGGGGUCUUCGAAUUUGCACAAGCCUGUUAACAUUUUUGAAGAAAGGGCUUUACUAUGCGACGAAGCAUUCGAGGCACUCACACGCCGUCCCUGCACAAAUUUCACACUCGACGCCCGCAGAAGUCAUGAAGUUCGUCUUCUCAAGGCCAAUUCUGAACUGCAUCAACGAUGGCAGCUGCGAGAUCGACGGAAGUUUCUGGAAAGGCACAGGGGCUUGGUUGAGGACUCGCCUCAUCGCAUUUAGGUCUUCCUCGCAGAUGCAUGCAAGAUAUUUCCACCUCAGUCCACGGCACCCUCAGUUCUCAGAGAUUCCAACUUUCGACCUCCGUCCUCCAGUAGCCACUGCCUUUGUUCCUCGUGUAAACCCGUCGAAUAGAGUAACUUCAACCCCUUUAGGAGCCACCGGAUCGUUGUCCAAGUUCACUCAUUCAAGUUAUUAUCCAUGUGCGCAGCAGUCGCGUAAAGCUCCCUUUGGUGGUGGCUACGAAAUUGCCAAAGCCAUCUCGGAAGCCCUUGUUUGUCAGAAAAAUCCGUGA